AUGACUGGCAAAAAGCUAACGGUGCUAAUGGCACCGGCUAAUUUUGUGGGCGAAAUGAUGUCGAGUAUAGGUGCGGCCGAAAUGCUACAAUCGGCCGGACAUCGGGUGGUGUUUGCGGUGACCAGCGAUUGGAAGUCACGACUCGAGUCCAUGGGAUAUGACGUGAAACUUAUCGGAAAGCCUGCGGACAGGAAUCAGAAAGACUCGGCCGACAGUAACGUACAGUUUUGCCAUCAGUUGGGAAUUCUUGACAAUAAGACUCCGAUGGAAAAGGCUAUCGUUUCCGUCAGAGAAAUCAUGAGUAUAUUAUUUACGGCAGAAAUAGAUACCGAACCCCAUCUCAAGACUAUUAUCGCGGACCUAAGGCCUGAUGUCAUAAUUAGCGACCAUUUGUUGACACUUCCCUCUAUCGUGACAUCAGGCAUACCCUGGGUAUUGAGUUGGAGCGAUAGCCCCUUAUCGCUGGACUUUGGUUACCUCGAUAAACGACUUCCGCCCUCUUUCUUAGGAUUGCCGACAAAUAGUGAGACAGAAGUGAAAGAGAAAUACAGACAGCAACUCUGGGAUGGGGUUAAGGAUGUGUGGCAUAAAUACAGGGAAAGACUCAUUCAAUUAGGCUGUCCACCAUUGAAGGAGUUCCAGAUGUUCACCCCAUCCCCCUUUGCUAAUUGCUAUAUGACUCCUAAAGAGCUGGAGUUUACGGACAUCAGACCAUUGCCGGACACUUUCCACGGCUUUGAUUACUAUAAGCGCUCCGGUAGUGGAGACACGUUUGAAGUCCCCGAAUGUCUUAAGAAUAGGUCCGGAAAACUGGUUUACCUAUCGUUGGGUUCAAUGGGUUCUGGAAAUGUAGAACUCAUGAAGAGAUUGGUUGCGAUUUUGUCCAAAUCUAAGCACCGGUUCAUUGUCUCCAAAGGUGUCAAUCAUAAUGAGUACGAAUUGGCGGACAAUAUGUGGGGCGAGAGGUCUGUCCCACAGAUAAAAGUGUUGCCAAUCGUGGAUCNCGGACAAUAUGUGGGGCGAGAGUUCGAUAACGCACAGAGAGUUAUGGAAAAGGGGUUUGGGAUUAGACUCAAUCCCUACGAGUGCUCUGAAAAUGAAUUAUUGGAUUCAAUCGACAGACUAUUAAACGACAAGAUAUUGGCACAAAAGUUGGCAAAAGUGUCGCAAAGAAUUCAAAGCGAGAAAAAUGCCGAGAAAUAUGUAAAACUAGUGGAAAGUCUAGUUAAAUGA